GUUUUGACUCUGCAAGUACAAACAAUCCUCUCUCCCUUUGAGAAUUCUACGAACCGAAGACCGAGUCUAUUAGUCCAUGCCCGGUGCCUUCUGCGAUCUUACGAGAGAGAAGGAGAUGAAUUGGCAUAGAUGUCUUUCGAUAUUUUUCUGGAUUGCUGUUGUAUUACCUAUUGUUUCAUCAAAAGAGCAGGAUCUGGGUUUCACAGGCCUUGCUCUUUGUUCUGAUUGCAAUACUUUUGCUGAGUAUGUCAAGAAUCAAGACAGACGACGCAGCAUGGCGAUGAUGGACACAGCACUUGAUUUUCUGCUCCCAUCCUGGUGGGAGAUCAAGGUCACUGUGGCUGCUGCGAUAUUUGUUAUCUCUUCAUAUUGGUUCUUUGCGUGGAGUGGCGGAGGUGGAGAUAGUGAUAGUGCUACUGGUGAUCGAUCGCAGAUUUUGGACAAUUCCUGUAAUUCUGGUGAUGGAAUUGAUGAUAGAGACAAGAUGCAGCUGAAAGGAGAUCAUCAGGCGAAUUCUGCAUAUAUAAUCAAGCUGGAAUUGUUGGCGGCUAAGAAUUUGAUUGGUGCAAAUUUAAAUGGAACUUCAGAUCCAUAUGCUAUCAUUACUUGUGGUUCAGAAAAACGAUUCAGCUCCAUGGUCCCUGGUUCAAGAAAUCCAAUGUGGGGAGAGGAGUUCAAUUUUUCUGUUGACGAGCUUCCUGUCCAGAUUAAUGUAACAAUAUAUGAUUGGGAUAUAAUUUGGAAAAGUACUGUUCUUGGUUCUGUAACUGUUCCUGUUGAAAGAGAAGGUCAAACUGGUGCUGUAUGGUACACGUUAGAUAGCCCAUCCGGGCAGGUUUGUCUCCAUAUUAAAACAAUAAAGCUCCCAGUAAAUUCUUCCAGGGUUAUGAAUGGCUAUAAUCGGAGAAGGAUGUCUUCAGAUAAACAAGGGCCUACAUUGGUUCAUCAGAAACCUGGGCCUCUACAGACAAUAUUUAGCCUUCCUGCAGAUGAGAUUGUUGAACACAGCUAUUCAUGUGCACUUGAGAGGUCUUUUUUAUAUCAUGGCCGUAUGUAUGUUUCUGCGUGGCACAUAUGCUUCCAUUCUAAUAUUUUCUCCAAGCAAAUGAAGGUUAUUGUACCUUUAGGAGACAUAGAUGAGAUACGUAGAAGUCAGCAUGCAUUCAUUAAUCCGGCCAUAACAAUUGUUCUACGGAUGGGUGCUGGUGGACAUGGUGUGCCUCCGUUAGGAAGUCCUGAUGGUAGAGUCAGGUAUAAAUUUGCAUCCUUUUGGAACAGGAAUCAUGCAUUAAGAGCGCUGCAACGAGCAGCAAAGAACUACCAUGAUAUGUUAGAAGCUGAAAAGAAGGAGAGAGCAGAAUCAGCACUGCGUGCUCAUAGUAGCUCUGUCAGAGGCAGUAUGAGGAUUCCUGAGGAUAUUGUACCCAAAGUUGAAAAACAUCAAGCUUUUAUCAAAGAAGAAGUUCUUGUUGGUAUAUAUAAUGAUGUAUUUCCUUGUACAGCUGAGCAGUUUUUUAAUAUAUUGUUAAACGAUGACACUAAGUUUACAUAUGAGUAUCGUGCAGCCAGGAAGGAUACAAAUCUUAUUAUGGGACAGUGGCAUGCUGCAGAAGAAUAUGAUGGCCAAGUGAGAGAGAUAACAUUCAGAACACUAUGUAAUAGUCCCAUGUGUCCCCCAGACACAGCCAUGACAGAAUAUCAGCAUUCUGUUUUAACCCCAGAUAAGAAAAUGCUUGUGUUUGAAACCGUACAACAUGCUCAUGAUGUUCCCUUUGGAUCUUAUUUUGAGAUUCACUGCCGGUGGAGAGUGGAGACAAUUGGUGAAAAUUCCUCUGCAAUAGAUAUUAGAGUGGGUGCACACUUCAAGAAAUGGUGCGUGAUGCAAUCCAAAAUUAGGGCAGGAGCAAUCAAUGAAUACAAGAAAGAGGUGGAGAUGAUGCUAGAAAUGGCGCAGUCAUGUAUCAGAUCCCAUUUUUCCAGCAGCGAGACUGACAAGGCCUCUUCCUCCCCCAUUGUAACACCAGAUAGCAGCUGAUAGCCACACCUUUACAAACUAAGUUAAUUCUUUUUUUUUUUUAAUCAAAAGUAAUUUUGUGUUUUCUUUUUCUUUUUUUUUUUUUAAAAAAAAAAUAAUUUGAAAGUUUUACAUGUAGAGCUACAAUGUUCCUUGUGAUGGCAAUUAGCUAAUAGGUGUAAAUUUUGUGUGCAAUUAGUAUUUUUUUAACUUUCACCCUGUCUCCUUUUAAAGAGAGCUAGCGGUGUGUGUUGUUGAUGUUUUCUGUUGUAAUUGCAGUCUCAGGCUUUGAACA